AGUUAAAGCUCUUUAUUUCAUGCCUAAGGGUUGAGGUGAACCUAGUAAAUCAAUUUUCAUAAGUUUAUCAAGCAUUAGAUGCUGUUUAACACCGAAGUAAUUAAUUAACCCACUUUACAACUACUGCAACUAGAUACCAAUGAUACCAUAGAUGCAAAUGCUCUGUACGGCCCUGCGGAAAAGCAUCACAAUGUCACCAGCAUAGUCACCUGCACCACCAUAUCCUGUGUGGCGUGCCCUUGUUACUCUUUCAACUGACAGGGGGUAUCAACAACUUGUUUACUACAAGGUGUUUGUAUGUUUAUGUCCACAUGGUCUGGAAGUAUUAUUGUGAUCUAUUGAACAGUCGCUUGUCAUAGUAUAGAUUGCAGCCAUGGCACUCUGGACAGGUUCGUUUUUGAGGAGGCAAACAGAUUCAGCCAUGGAAUUUUUGCGAGUUUAUCAAGCACAUGACGUCCUUAUAAAUAUUUAUUGUAUUGAAACUACGCCAAGCACUGCAGUUAAUGUGUAUAUACCCAAGGUUACAAUUUCCGUCAAAAAUGCGGAAAAGACAACCAAAGGUUUGUCCCGUGCACGGUGCACCCGCGUACACAAGAAUACAUUGACGAACAUUGAGGAAAGUGGGAUUCGACGAAACGGACGAAUGAGUGGAUUACAAGAAAAUGCCCCAACAAUUAUUUGUCUGAGGCUGUUGGUCAAUCUCUACAUUGCCUCCCUUGUUUUCAAGAGGCUGAUGAUAUCAGUAUUCAAAUUCAGUGCGAACAGGCUUCAAAUGGUUUUAUCACGAGGAUCUUUUUAGGAACGCCAUGUCAUCAAGUUUCUACAAGGUCGUUACUCACGUGCAUAACAACGAUCACAUGCUUCAGUCGUGAUGUUACCUGUCAUGAUUUUAUGACGUCAACGGUGACCGCAAGUGCAAAGUAGGAUUGAAUUAUUGAAAAGCCGACUAUAUUAAAAAUUGGUCAACCUCUUAUGGAUGAAAGGCUAACAUAAACGAACCCGUAUAUUACACUCUUUUAAUGGAAAACAUCCUAAUGUGAACAUUUGUACAUGUCAAUUGUCACCAAACGAAACCUAAAUAUCAUGUGACAUGCACCUGCUGGUCUUUCGUAACUGACAGGAAGUAUCUACUGUUUGUUUAAAAAUUUACUUAAAAAUUGAAUAUUUAUAGUUGCAAGUCUGAACUUGUUAUUGUGAUCUACGAGCAGUCGAACCAUUGCUAGCCAUGGCACUCUUAUACUUGUUUUUAUGUGGUUUUUCCGUGCUUUCGAAUGCUCUCGUCGUCCCGAAGUCGCCAAGAAACCAAAACGAAAUCCAGCAAUUACAAAUCCAUCUUGUUUCGCACACCCAUGACGACGUAGGCUGGCUCAAAACAGUCGACGAAUAUUAUUACGGAGCUAAUAACAGCAUUCAAAUUGCCGGUGUACAAUAUAUCCUUGAUUCAGUGAUACCUGCAUUGGAAGCGAAUCCUCUGAGACGUUUUAUCUACGUGGAAAUGGCGUUCUUUAAACGAUGGUGGGUUCAACAAACCCCGGCAAUGCAAGAAAGAGUAAAAGCACUUGUCAAUAAUGGACAAUUGGAGUUCAUUAAUGGUGGAUGGUGCAUGAACGACGAGGCAACAACUCAUUAUAACGCUAUCAUAGAUCAAAUGACUCAUGGUUUACAGUUUAUUGAUAGAAAUUUUGGCUCAAAAGCUAGGCCAAGAGUGGCAUGGCAUAUCGACCCGUUUGGACACUCGGCUGAACAAGCAUCGCUGUUUGCGCAAAUGUCAUUCGAAGGAUUCUUCUUUGCGCGCAUUCAUUACGCUGAUAUAAAAAAGCGCAGAGAAGAACAACUCAUGGAAUUUAAAUGGCGAGGAAGCCAAAGUCUCGGAAAAGCAAGCGAAAUCUUCACUGGAGUUCUGUACAAUGGUUACGGUCCUCCGUCUAGUUUCUGUUUUGAUAUUCUCUGUGGUGACCCUCCAAUGCAGGAUGAUCCUCGAUUGUUUGACUUUAAUGUCAAGGAAAGAGUAGAUUUAUUCAUAAAGCUUGCACUAGAGCAAGCGUCGCACUACAAAUCCGGACAUAUUAUGCUCACGAUGGGAUCAGAUUUUAAUUAUCAAAACGCUCAUACGUGGUUUAAGAAUUUGGAUAAAUUGAUUGCAUUUGUAAACGAGGACGGCAGAGUGAAUGCAUUUUACUCCACACCAUCAGAAUAUCUUGAUGCGAUAAAGGGAAUGGAUGUGGAAUUAAGGACGGAAGACUUUUUUCCAUAUGCGGACUGUCCACAUUGUUACUGGACUGGUUAUUUUACCAGCAGACCUGCAUUGAAAGGCUAUGUUCGAAGAAAUAAUAAUUUACUGCAGGUAUGUAAACAACUUGAAGUUCUUGGCAAGCUUGGAGAGUCAGAUCCAAGUUCAGAGAUGUUACGAGAUGCAAUGGGUGUUGCGCAACAUCAUGAUGCUGUGAGCGGAACUGAAAAACAACAUGUUGCAUAUGAUUAUGCCAAACGUUUGGCGAUGGGAGCUCAGCAAUGUAAGAUGGCGAUAAACUCUGCUUUGAACCAAGUCAUUCAACCAGCACAUCUUACGGACGUUCAGUACACAUUUUGUGAUUAUCUUAAUAUCAGCGUAUGCCCUGCUACAGAGGCCACUAAACCAUUUACUAUCACUGUAUACAACCCUAUUGCUCGGGCUGUCGAUACAAAUAUCCGAAUCCCAGUGUCGAGUAAAGCAGUCAAAAUAUUUGGACCGGAUGGUAAAGAAGUUAGUUCUGUGGUACAAGCUGUCUCGAAGGAAACUGAAUUUGUACGUGGUAGUCUUGGCAAUGCCCCGUACGAGUUAACCUUCACUGCAACAGGUCUACCACCGCUUGGUGUUGCUACCUACACCGGAAAUACAACAUCAAAUACAAGAAGACACACUUCCACACUAGCUCCCGAAGUACCAAAGGAAACAGGCUUUGCAAAUAGUGAGAAAAGUAACGAGGAUUAUGUUAUUGCGAACAAGCAUCUUCGCCUCACGUUCAGCAAUGACUCCGGACGUUUGACUAAAGUAGAAAACCUUGAAUCUAAAAUAAGUCUACCGGUUGACCAGCAAUUUUUGUGGUAUAAUGCUAGUAGCGUUGGAAACAAAGACAGUACACAAGCUUCAGGAGCCUAUAUCUUCAGACCAAAUUCAAGCACACCUUUAAACGUAAGCACGAACAACAAAGUAAGCAGCAUAAGCGUAAUUCAAAACGAGGUUUUUCAAGAGAUUCAUCAGGUCUUUUCACCUUGGGUAAGCCAAACUGUCCGGUUAUAUUCAAACAAACCCUACGCAGAAUUUGAAUACACUGUUGGUCCAAUCAAAAUGGCUCCCUCUCCUGAUCUUGGAAAGGAAAUAAUAUCGAGAUUUGACACAAGUUUGAAGACAAAUGGUGUUUUCUAUACAGACGCAAAUGGACGAGAAAUGCAGUUGAGAAAACGAAAUUAUCGACCAACAUGGAUGUAUAAUAACACAGAACCUGUGGCAGGGAAUUAUUACCCAAUCAAUAGUCGAGCUUACAUCAAAGAUGAGUCUGGUAUUCAACUGACCGUAAUGACAGACCGUUCGUUGGGUGGUUCUAGCAUAAAAGAUGGUUCAUUAGAGUUCAUGGUUCAUCGAAGAUUGUUACAUGAUGACAAAAGAGGUGUUAGUGAAGCUUUGAACGAACCGGGAAUUAACGGACGCGGUCUUAUUGUGCGAGGAAAAUUUUUGCUUUUACUUGAAGCGGCAAAAUCGUCGGCUAAAUUUCAUCGUGUUAUUGGUGAAGAAGAAAUGUUACGCCCCUCUCUGGCCUUCUCAGCUGGUAGUGGUUACCAAGCUGGUUACCAGGCUUUAUCUCGAUCCUUACCACCAAAUGUUCAUCUGUUAACAUUAGAGAAAUUUGACAAGUCUCUGUUGUUACGUCUUGAACAUCAGUUUGCUGUUGGAGAAGAUGACGAACUUUCAAAAGCUGUCACAGUGCAAUUGAGAGGUUUGUUUAAAAAUUUCACCAUCCAGGCUAUAACUGAGCUCAACCUCAGUGCGAAUCAGGUGAAGAAUCAGCGGGAACGAGUUAAAAGAGGAAACAAGAAUUCUUUCCCUAAUGAUGAUGAUUUGGAGAUCACUUUGAACCCAAUGGAGAUUCGAACAUAUAAACUGGACAUUGAGUAUAAAUCUUGAAUCAACCUAUCACAACGAACUAGCCUGGCCCUAAUCAAAAUAUUCUGUAAAGCACUUUUUCGUAACUUGUGGAAAUAAAAUGUAGUCGAAAGGGGAUAU